CUCUGCGCCGCGCUGGAGAUAAGAAGGGGGGCGGGCUAGGAAGGGCCACGGGAGUCCUGGGAACGCGCUCCUCCAUGCAGCAGCCGCGCUGUCCCCACAGGUGUGGGCUCCAAUGACGUUAAGAAUGCCCGUCCUCCGGCCCUGCGCGAGGAAGGCGGGUCCCGGGGGCUGCGCGCUUCGGAGUCAGCCCCGGCUACACCGUGAAAAACGUGAAGGCAGCAUGAAGUACUUUGACUCACGUAGCUUUCGGCCGGCGGAGCGGCUCGGUAGUCGGCACUGCAGGGAAAAUAAAGUUGCUGCUGUGAAAUAGGAGUCUCCCCAAAGUGGAUCAUUUCUUUUCCUCUGCUCAUUCACCCUCCAGUUCAAACUUGCAAUGAGCGGACUGAAGUCUCCUGUGCUGCUGGGGCUGGUGCUCUUAAUGCUGUCAGCAGGUUAUUGCAAAGAGAGGACUGACUCCAUAGACCUAAAAGACAGGCAAAGCCUCUUCAAUCUCAUCAUGGAGAUUAUUCAGGAACUGAAAAGACACCACGUGGAAGAGGACAACGGGGUGCAAUACUUCUCCAACCGCGAUUAUACGUUAGACCGAAGAGAAGUAGCUGAUUAUGAAGAGUACCAGGACGAGCAGAGAGCUGAAAUAGUUCCUAGAGAUUUGAGGAUGAAAGAAAAGUUUUUAAAGCAUUUAACAGGUCCUCUCUAUUUUAGUCCAAAAUGCAGUAAACACUUUCAUCGGCUUUAUCACAAUACAAGAGACUGCACCAUCCCAGCUUACUAUAAAAGAUGUGCCAGGCUUCUUACUCGGUUGGCAGUAAGUCCAAUGUGCAUGGAAGGAUAAGAUACUACCAUACGGAAAAGAAACACCAAGAACCAGGAGAAGUGCCUUGGAAACCAACAGGGAAAAAGAACUUAAUACCUUUAUAACAUAUUCCAUUGUGAACAAGAGGAUUUAUUUUUGCAGACUGACAGACUAUUUCCUGUAAUUCUUUUAACGUGUUUUGUAUGUUUUCAGUAGUUUGCAGAUCUACAUCCUUUACAGUAGUAUAACUGCCAAUGGUACAUACUGCUCCAUACUUAAAAGUACACUCCACAUUUGAUGUGUAGUGCUGCCAAAAAUUACAUGAGCAUGUACCCUUCACCAAGAAAUUAAUGUUCUGUUGCAGAAUUCCGAGACUUGGAGGGAUGUUUAUGUUUAUAUACCCCAAACUCUUAAUGAAUUUGCUCCACAGCAGUGGUUUUCAUUCAUAUUCUUCAUGCUUAUGCAAUUAAAAGAGAGUUUGGAUAAAACAAACAUUUAAAAAUUUCAGUGUUGGAGGGGUCACAUUAUACCCUUGGAGUGCAAAUUACAAAAAUUGCAUGACAAAUACAAAACACAAUUCCAAGUGAACAUGUUUUCUCAAGACAAAGGAGUGUGGAUUUUGCAUAUACACACACAAUCUGCCAUUGGUUUUCUGUUCAAUGUGUAAACAUUCCAGCUAACGUGCAAUAUGUAAAUACUGUAAAUAACAAACAUGAAUAAUAAAGUGUUUGAUAUAUUACAUGAGCUUCAAUGUGUAUUUUUUAAAUGUCCCUUUAGAAUAAUGAUUUUCACAAACUGGAAUUGACAAUGUGGUUACUCGUGUUUCAGAGCAAAAUAAUCUGUAAAUUUUAUUAAAAUCCAAUGCAAAAUUAUAUUAGGAAAGUAACUUGUGAAAAGGCUAAAAGAAGACUGCAUCAGGAGGUCUCACUAUGCAUUUCACUUUUCUUUAAAAUCACCUACCCAACCCAUUUGGUGCAUGUGUCAUUUUAUUUGUGACCAAAAAAACCCAAAACCCAAAACCACACACUAUGGAGCAUUUCUCAUAAAAUGCACUCCAGACACACAGAAGUUUUGACACUUAAGAUUUUUUUCAAAGAACCAUCUAUUUUACACAAGUCCUUUAAAUCAUGUUAGACUGUACGGUAUAAAACCUUUGAGUAUGAUACAAGUAACUAGGGCUAGGAUUUUCAUAGUUUUAUAGAGUUUAAAGCCAGAAAGGAUCUUUAGAUCAUCUUGUCUGACCUCCUGCAUAUCUCACACUAUUAAAUUCCAUCCAAAUACCCUAUGUUGAGCCCAACAAAGUCAGUUAAACCAAAGCAUUUUAGUCCUCAGGAGACUAAACUAAUGUGCGCCACAGGCAGUGAAUAAGACAGACUAAGGUGCCACCAAAACCAUGCAGGUGACCAAUUGAAGCCGUGCUGCAUGAGAUUAGAUCAGGGGUAGGCUGAUUUUCAGUGGCACUCACACUGCCCAGGUCCUGGCCACUGCU